AUGGGGAAAAUGAAUAACUUUUUUGGUUUUCAUAUUUAUCAAAGCAAGGACGGAAGUUUUAUCAAUCAAGCAAAAUAUACUCGAAAUCUGCUCGAAAGGUUUGGCAUGACAAAUAACACGAAAGUCAAAGUACCUAUUGUCGUUGGCAUGCGCUUAAGUCCUUCAUGGGAUAAGCCUUUUGUGGAUUUAACGACGUAUAGAAGUAUGAUAGGUUCACUUUUGUAUUUAACUGCAAGUCGACCUGAUAUGACGUUUGAUCUAUAUAAUUGUGCCAGGUGUCAAUCGAACCAAAGACAACCCCAUCUCAAUGCAGUUAAGAAUAUCUUUCAAUACCUCAAAGGAAUAGUUUCAUUGAGAUUAUGGUAUCCUUUGAAGAAAGGAUUCUUUAUUCAAGCAUUCUAUGAUGCAGACAUGGGUAGAUGUCAACUAGAUCGAAAAAGCACAAUUGGAGGAUGUCAAUUAUUGGAUGGGAAGCUUGUGAGCUGGAAAUCGAAAAAAGCAAACUUGUGUUUCAAUUUCGAUUGUUGA